AUGGCACCAGGAAACAUCAAGGAGGAGGCAUCAAUCCUCCACUCUUCAAUUCAUACACUGUUGUUCGACUUGGACAACACUCUUUAUCCAAAGUCAUGCGGACUAGCCAACCAAGUCUCCAAGCGUAUCACAGAAUACAUGACCACAAUCAUAAACUUACCAGAGGAUGAAGUUGACAAGAUUAGGAACUUGUAUUACAAGACAUAUGGACUCACACUGAAAGGACUGAUGCUUAACUAUCAGGUGGACAUUCAUCACUAUCUCGACUAUGUUCAUGGUGGAUUGGACUUGAAGAAGCACAUUGGCAGGGACGAGCGAUUGAUUGAGGUGCUCACAUCGAUCAGACCAAACAUCAAGAAGUUAAUAUUCAGCAAUGCCGAUCUGGGCCAUUGCCAGCGCGUCACCAAGGAGCUGGGCGUCGACAGCUUCUUCAGCGACACCCUCGAGUAUCUCGAGUUGAUGGACUACAGCAAGCCACACCCCGUCUCCUACCAGAUGGCCCUGAAGAAGGCCGGCACGAACGAUCCCUCCGGCGUCGUCUUCUUUGACGACGUUGUCGAGAACUUGGAGGGCGCAAAGAAGGCCGGCAUGAUCACCGUACUGGUUGGCUCCACCUCGGACAGCCCUGCCGUCGACUAUUGCAUACAGGAGAUCCACGACUUGGUCAACAUCUUCCCAUCGAUCACUGGCAGUUCCACCGCCACCAGCUUCAUCGCCAUGGAGCACACUGAAUAA